AUGUUUCGGUCUUCUCUCUCCUCGCUUGCUCUUCUUGCAACAGGAGCAUUUGCUGCCACUGUUACCAAGCAGCUUACCAUCGCCAACGCCGAGCUUAGCCCAGACGGAUUCAAGCGAAUCGGAACCUUGGUCAAUGGCCAAUUCCCUGCCCCUUUGAUCACGGCCAACAAGGGCGAUGAAUUCGAGAUCGAGGUGAUCGACAACCUCACAUACGACCAGCUUGCGCUUGAGACUUCGAUUCACUGGCACGGGCUCUUCCAGAAGGGUACCGCAGAGAUGGACGGAGUAGCUCAAGUCGGCCAAUGCCCCAUCGUUCCAGGGAACCGAUUCACAUACAAGUUCGCCACCACCACCCAGACCGGGAACUACUGGUACCACUCGCACUACUCCACGCAAUACUGUGAUGGAUUGCGAGGACCCCUCGUCAUAUACGACCCUGAGGACCCUCUCAAGCACCUAUACGACGUCGACAACGAAGAUACGGUCAUCACCCUGGCAGAUUGGUACCACUUCUUGUCUCCUCAGUUCCCCAACAUUGUAUACGCCAACUCCACCCUUAUUAACGGAGCCGGGCGCUACCACGACUUCGUUGGUCAAGACUUCUCCCACGCCCUCGCUGUGGUGAACGUCGAGAAAGGCACCCGCUACCGCAUGCGCUUGUUCAACAUCGCGUGUGACCCCAACUUCAUCUUCAGCAUUGACCAGCAUCAGAUGACGGUCAUUGAAGCCGACGGAGGAAGCUUGGAACCGCUUCUCGUUGACUCGAUUCAGAUCUUCGCGGGUCAGCGUUACUCGUUCGUUCUGAAUGCCAACCAGCCCAUCGACAACUACUGGAUCCGCUCUCUCCCGAACUCCUCGAGCGAGAACUUCAACAACGAGAACUUCACCAACGGUCUCAACAGCGCCAUUCUCCGCUACAAGGGGGCCAAGGAACAGGACCCGACUACACCGCUCAAGCCCUCUGUUCUCCCUCUAAUUGAGACGAACCUUCACCCGCUUGUCCCGAGCCCACCUCCAGCGAAGGCGGACACGGUUAUCAGACUCCCGAUCAACCUGGUAUUGAACAACACGGCAAACACUGGCACUUUCUUUAUCAACGGCACUUCUUUCGUUCCGCCGAAGAUUCCCGUCCUUCUCCAGCUCCUCGCCGGCAACACCACAACGCAGGACCUCAUUCCCAAGGGCAGCAUCUACACUCUUGAGCCGAACACUACCAUCGACCUUGUCGUUCCUGGUGGCUCUCUCGGUGGUCCUCACCCCAUGCAUCUCCACGGUCAUCAGUUCUGGGUUAUUCGGAGCGCCGGAAACUCGUCUGAGAACAUUGUCAACCCCGUUCUCCGUGAUGUUGUCAGCGUCGGCAACUCGACUACCGACGAGGUUACCAUCCGCUUCAGGACCGACAACCCCGGCCCGUGGAUCUUCCACUGCCACAUCGACUGGCACUUGGCCGAGGGUCUCGCAGUCGUCUUCGCCGAGGACCCUAAGCAAGUUGCUGCAGCCAACCACGUUGACGCAUCGUAUGAGGCUCUUUGCCCUGCAUACGACAAGUUCCUCGCCGCGAACCCCGGCGCAUUCUGA